AUGCAAGCUGCAACUACAACUCCCGUUGCCGAUGAGAUAUUACGUGAUUAUGAGAAAAAAGCUCCAGUGUGGUUUCGGUGGGUAGCAACAUUAGUCGAACAUUUUUUUACCAUAGUUAUGUUCGUAACACUCUACGGACGAUAUUUAUGGUCAAAAUUUGUACAAAAACAAAAGCCAGUAUCGUUUAGAAAUGAUACAGUUUUAAUAACGGGAGCCGGUGGAUGUCUUGGUCGUGCACUAGCCAUUGAAUUUGCCAAAGAAUGUAAAUGCCUGGUAUUAUUAGAUAUACAAAAAAAACCAUUGGAUGAUUUAAAACAUGAACUAACGACGAUAUAUGGAAAAGAUCAUAUCAAAAUAUCAACGCACAAAUGCGAUUUAAGUGACUUAAAUGGUUUAAAAUUUACGUUGACGGCUAUUCGGGAAGACGUUGGGACAAUAACAGUUCUUGUCAAUUGUGCUGGCGUCGCAUGUUUUAAGGAACUAUUACAUCACACAGACGAUGAAAUUCAACAUACAUUAAUCGUUAAUACAGUUGCACCAAUCUUAUUAACAAAAGAUUUAUUAGGCGACAUGAUUGCACGUAACCAUGGUCAUAUUAUUAAUAUAACAAGUAGUGCUGGUUUAAGUGGAAGUGCCUAUACUUCAAGUUAUUCAGCAUCAAAAGCAGCAUUAACGAGUAAACUGUUAUUUAAAUUGCAUAUCUGUAUUCUAACAAUUCUUACCUUUCGUUUAGAUUUCACGGAAACAAUCAAUCAAGAACUGAUUCUUGCUAAAGCUAACGGUGUUCGUGCAACGGCUGUUAUGCCAUUUCAUAUAGACGGAGGUGUUUACAAUAGUUUGAGAAAAUUUGGUAAAGAAACUGUUUUAGGUAAUGAACUAAUGAGAUUUGAUUAUUGUGCAAGACAAAUAAUGUGUGGACUUAAAAGUCAUCAAAAUCCAAUAUUGCUUCCGCGUUUUGCAUUGCGAAUGAUGUUUAUCUUACGAUCAAUUCUUCCUGAAGAAGUUUGGCAUCCACUUUUAAUAUAUAUUUUGGGUCGUCCAGCAAUUAAACACGAACAACAUAAUAGUUUAUUAAGUAAAGUUGAAUAG